AUGACGGCUGAAAUCAGCGAAAAGGCUUUCCCUCUUGCUGGCGAUCGCCUCACGCAGACCAUCCUGGACAUAGUACAGGAAGCCAGUAAUGCAAAGAUGAUUAAGAAGGGAGCCAAUGAGGCCACGAAGGCGCUCAACCGUGGUAUUGCGGACCUGAUCGUGCUUGCGGGCGAUACGAACCCUAUCGAGAUCCUUCUUCACCUCCCGCUUCUAUGCGAAGACAAAAAUGUGCCGUACGUGUUUGUUCCCUCAAAGACGGCAUUAGGGCGCGCGGCGCAAGUGUCACGGAAUGCGGUGGCUCUAGCGAUCCUCCAGAUGGAGAACAGCCCCAUUUCGGCUAAGAUACAGGCGGUUAAAUUGGAGAUUGAACGGCUCCUGUAG